GAUAAGCAAUCAAGCCUCCACGUGCCUCGGCUCAACACGUUAUCUCCAUCGCGUCUCAUUUUUGGGAACUGCAUCUCUCAGGGGACGAGCACCUGUUUAUCCCGGCGACAGGGUUUCGACUGUCAUUAUUUUCUUCAGACAGGCGGCGUUGUCGUUAGUUACGUCUGUCUCACUGAGACGCCUUGACGCUAGCUUGUUUUCUCUUUCUCAUCGAUGGUAACUGGGAUCUAUAGCAUAGCUAGCUAGCUAGCGAUAAUCGACCACUGUCAACAUGGCUUCCCUGUCCACUCUGUCCCACUUCCUGCAGGAAUGCAUCUCAUCUCUUCUCACCUGGAAAGCACUAGCACUGUUCCUCGCACUGAUCAACCUGAAGAACCUGCCUCUGGUCUGGCAUGCCCGCCUCGCCCACCACCUCUACCGGAACAUCCGGCGCACCCCGCAAGACCCGCACCAUCCAGCAUCCACCCACCCGCCGCCGCACGCGACGCACCCGAUCUUCCUCCCGCUGACCAUCAGCUCGCGCACCCCGAUCCUGGAAACCGACUACAACUUCCACAAGUCCAACAGCACCUACUUCUCCGACCUGGACAUCGCCCGCACCGCCCUGGCCACCCGCAUCUUCACCCCGGGGUCCCGCCUCGUGAACCGCGAUCUCGACGCCGAGCUCGCUUCUGCAUCAGCAUCAUCCGGAAAGGCGGAGAAGCAACAGCCCAAGGGCGGAAGCAAACUCGGACUGUACAUCGCCCUGGGCAGCGUGUUCUGCAGCUUUAAGCGCGAGAUCAAGCCCUUCGAGCGGUACGAGAUCACCUCGAGGGUGAUCAGUUGGGAUGAGAAGUGGGUGUAUAUGAUUAGUUACUUUGUACGGCCGCAGGCUGGGGGUAAGGGGACGGGGAAGGGGAGGUUGUUGGCUACCGCGCUGAGUAAGUAUGUGGUUAAGAAGGGGCGGGUGACCGUGCCCCCUGAGAGGGUGCUCAGGGCCAGUGGGUUCUUGCCGGAGAGGCCGGCGGGGUCGGUUGCUUCUUCGGCGGGUGGGGGUGGGAGCUUGACGCCGGGGGACAGUGGGAGUGAGGAGGGGCAGCUGCUGGAUGAGGGGAUUACGGCCACGGGGACGGCCACGGGAACGGCCACGGGGGUGGAUGCGGCGGUUGUGAGGGAGGUGUUGUUGGAUGCCGGGGGUGGUGAUGAUGCGGUGAAGGAGGAGCAGAGGGAGAGGAAUGUUCAUUCGUGGAAUGAGGAGGAUUGGCCGUGGGAGAGGAUCGAGGAGGAGAGGCUGCGUGGGUUGAGGGUUGUGGAGGGCUAUGCUGGGUUGGAUGCGAAGCUGUUUGAGGAGUGGGGUGGGGAGUGAGGGGAUGUUUGCAUAUAGAUAGACUUAGAUUUCGGGUUUUCCUUUUUGGGAGUCGAUGUAGAAUGUAUAAUUUGAACUUCAC